AUGAUCGUCAUCUCCUGGAAUGCUCGGGGUUUGAGCAACCCGAGAGCAGUCCGUCAGCUUCGUUUGCUCAUUUCUCAAACUUCGCCUGAUGUAAUUUUUAUUAUGGAGUCUAAGCUUAGUGUUGGUUCUAUUACUAAAUUUCGUAAUAUUUUAAAAUUCCCUAAUGGUAUAGAAGUCCCUAGAGUAGGUCUUAGUGGUGGUCUUCUUUUUCUUUGGAAAUCUGAUGUAAAUGUAACUAUUCUUAAUUAUGGUAAAAACUUUGUUGAUUGUUAUAUGUCGCUCUCUGAUGGCCCUUCUUGGCACUUCUCUGGCUUUUAUGGUGAUCCUUGUGUCUCUCAAAGGAACCUUACUUGGCAAUUAUUAACAAAGCUCAAGGAUACUGCCCCCUUAUUGCCAUGGCUUGUACUGGGUGACUUUAAUGAAACCAUUUCUCACUCAGAUAAAUUUGGUGGUCCUAUGAAACCUAAAGUGCAAAUAGAUGCCUUUCGUAAGGCUCUGGAUCUCUGUGGUCUACAAGAAUUAAACUUUGAGGGUGAAAGAUUUACCUGGCACAACAAAAACACACGUGGUGUUAAUGUGAAAGAGCGUUUGGACUAUGGCUUUGUCAACUCUGCCUGGAUCGAUAAUUUUUCCUCGCCUGUUCUUUCUCACCUGGAUUUUUUUCAAUUUGAUCAUAGAGCUUUGAAGGCAACAAUCUCACUUACUUUGUACAACCCUCCACCAAAGUUUAAAUCUCGGUUUAGAUUUGAAAAACUAUGGUUGCAGGAAGAUGCUUGUUCAUCUAUUAUUGCUGCAAAUUGGAUUCAAACAGGUUCUGAACCUGCAUUGCAAAUCUUGGAUAAUUUCCAAUCCUAUACGUCUACUGCUCACUUUGAUGACCUCAAACAAAGUGAAAAUGUGUUAGACGAUCUUCUGGCUCAAGAAGAAGCCUACUGGCAGCAACGUUCUCGUUCCUCUUGGCUGAAAUCGGGUGACUCUAACACUCGUUACUUUCAUCAAAAAGCGACCACAAGGAGGAAUACGAAUAAUAUCAAAUCCCUCACAGAUGAUAAUGGUGUUGUGCACACUUCUCACUCUGGUUUGUGUGGUGUCAUUGAGAGUUAUUUUCAAAAUAUAUUCACUACUGAUGGUGUUGAUCGAGAAGCAGUUCACAGAGUUAUUUCCACUAUUCCUUGCUCUAUAACAGCUGAGAUGAAUGCUGAUUUAAGCAAACCUUUUUCUGCUACUGAAGUCUACAAUGCUCUCACAUCAAUGGUGGAUGAUAGCAGUCCUGGUUUGGACGGUAUGUCUGUGAUGUUUUAUACUAACUAUUGGCACAUAGUUGGUAACUUAGUUACUGCAGCAGUGUUAAAAGUGCUUAAUGAGGGUGCUAGUCCUGCUAGUUUUAAUCAAACUCUUAUUACACUGAUUCCGAAAGUUAAAAAGCCUUCUACCAUGUCGCAGUUGAGACCUAUCAGUCUUUGCAAUGUGUUAUAUAAGCUGGUUUCGAAAUCAAUUGUGCUUCGUUUGAAGCCUUUCCUAUCCUUAGUCAUAUCAGAAUCUCAAAGUGCUUUUCUUGAAUCUCGGCUUAUCACUGAUAAUGUUCUGAUUGCUUUUGAGUUAUUACAUUCUCUGAAGCAUUUAAAGAGAGGGAAACAAGGAUAUGCAGCUAUUAAACUCGAUAUGAGUAAGGCGUUUGACAGAGUUGAAUGGCACUUUUUGCAAAGUAUGUUGACGGCUAUGGGCUUUCCUUUGACUAUGGUGGAUCUGAUCAUCCGUUGUAUUAGCAGUGUCACAUACUCCUUUUCAGUUAAUGGUAAGGUUCAAGGACAUGUUUCUCCAACCAGAGGUAUCCGUCAAGGCGACCCUCUUUCGCCAUACCUUUUCAUUAUCUGUGCUGAAGGUCUUUUUAGACUUUUGCAACAAGAGGAAAUCAGAGGUAAUCUGCAUGGUCUUCAAAUCUCUCGAGGGGCACCAGCUGUUUCUCAUCUAUUUUUUGCAGAUGAUAGCCUUGUGCUAUGUCGAGCUAAUCAUCAAUCAGCAACAGCCAUCAAAAACUCACUGGACUAUUAUUGCAGAGCCUCGGGUCAGCGACUUAAUUCUGAAAAAUCAGUGUUAUCAUUCUCUCCGAAUGCUCUCCCUUCAGUUCAAACACGAGUUCAACAAAUCUUGCAAAUGCCGAUAAAAGAAUGUCACGAAAGGUACCUAGGCCUUCCUUCCUAUUCGGGCAGAGAUAAGACAAUUCUUUUUGGGGAGAUCAAGGAAAAGUUAUGGAAUCUGUUAUCCGCUUGGCAAGAAAAAUUAUUUUCGAUUGGUGGAAAAGAAGUUCUUCUCAAGGCAGUUGCUCAAGCUAUUCCAACAUAUGCUAUGAGUUGUUUUCGCCUUUCUAAAUCACUUGUCAAUCAAAUAGAAACGAUGAUGAACAAGUUUUGGUGGGGAUCUAACUCUUCCUAUAAUGGAAUCAAUUGGAAAACUUGGAAAGUUCUCACGCAAUCUAAAGUUGAGGGUGGAAUGGGGUUCAAAAGUUUUGUCCAUUUUAAUCAAGCCUUGUUAGCAAAACAAGCUUGGAGAAUUUUCUCAAACCCAUCUUCUCUUCUAUGUCGUGUUUUAAAGGCAAGACAUUUUCAUAAUUGUUCUUUCUUGGAUGCUGGUAUGAAUAAUUACCCUUCCUUGACUUGGAGAGGAAUUAUGUGGGGUAAAGAAUUGCUCAUCAAAGGUCUCCGUUGGAAAGUUGGAGAUGGUUCUCAAAUUCAUUGUGCCUCUGAACCAUGGCUGUCAGGCAUUACUACUUUUAAGCCUUUAGUGUUUAAAGGAGAUGAUAACACACUAAAAGUCUCUGCCUUGAUAUUGGACUCUCGCUGUUGGAACUCUCCUCUUUUAAAAUAUCUUUUUCUGGAUUCCGAUGUUGACAAGAUUCUUAAUAUUCCUCUUGCUUUGGAUGAUCAUCAAGAUUGUUUGAUGUGGCACCAUGAAUCCCAUGGUAACUACUCGGUUAAAUCAGGGUACAACUUAGCAUUGUCCUUGGAGGAACAAAGCCCCUCUGUAAGCGAAAUACUUCACACCAGACAUAUUGCAGCUUCAGCAAAUUCCUCCAUUUGCAACCGUGACAAAGAAAGUAUUACUCAUGCUCUUUUCUUUUGCAAACGGGCUAGACAAGUAUGGCAGCUUUCUGCAUUUGGCCUCGAUAAAAUUAUAUCUCCUCACAUGUCCUUGAAUGAAAUAAUCCUGCACUUGGCUGCUACUUGGUCUUCUUCAAAGUUGGAACAGUUUGCAACUCUACUUUGGAGUAUUUGGAAUGAAAGGAAUAGAGAAAUCCAUGGCUCCAAACCGAAACCUGCUGAUGUUCUUUUUUAUUUUGCUCUUUCUUAUCUUGCAGAAUUCCAUUCAGCUAGGAAAGAUCCUGCAAUCAAUUCCUUAACUUUAAGGAACCAGAACUCAUCAGUUUCAAAGGAUUCUCCAUGGAUGAAUCCACCUUCGGGUAGGCUGAAGCUUAAUACUGAUGCGGCUGUUGACAAGAUGAAACAUCUCUCUGGUUUUGGAGCUAUCCUUCAGAAUAGCAAUGGAGAUAUUGUUGCUACUAUGGCAGCCCCCUAUCAAGGUUACUUUAAACCAGAAAUAAUGGAAGCCAUGGCUCUCAUGCAUAGCUUGAAGUGGUUGCAAGAACUUGAUCUGCCAGUACAUUUCAUUGAGACAGAUUCACAAUUGGUAGUCAAUGGCUUGAAACCAUCAAAAAGGCCGGUUUCUGAGUUUCAUAGUUUAUUAGAUAAUAUUUCUCUUUUGGUAUCCAAUUUCUCUGGUGCACAGAUCUCCCAUGUGUAUAGAUCUGCUAAUAAUGCCGCUCACUUGUUGGCAAAAUUUGCACUUUCGGCGGAUACUAAUUGUUGUUGGUUUGAGGAAAUGCCUCUGCCUUUAAUGCCUAUGCCUUUAAUGCCUAUUGUAUUUUAA